UUAUCUUUUCCUAUCUAUUUUUCCAUUUCUCAAUCUCACCAGGAGGAACCAAAAUUCCUUUCAAAGGAACUGAUCUCUUCCCAAAGUCUAGAAUGUCAAGAACAAGCAAGCGAGUGAGUUUCAGUCCUGAUGUCAACGAAAGGCCAACGAUCUUUCUGAAACAUGGAGGCAGUGGCAGAACAAGAGGUAACAGAAGAAGGGUCGUUGUUGGGAUUUUUUCGUUUAGGCUUAUCGAAAGCUCAAGAAUUUCACCAGCAAGAUUGUUGAGGCGUAUUGGAGCUAAAUUUGCAACAGCGUUGCGUUUUGUAUCCAUUCGACAGAACUCUUCGCAUAGGGUUUCUUCUUCCAAUCUGCCAAGGUCACGAUCUCUGGCUGAAUCUAUUGACUCUCAUCGUGCUGAAGCUAUAGAAGAUUGCAUCGAGUUCCUGAAUUCUUCUUCAUCUUUGUCAAGAUCAAACUCGGUUUCUACAUGUUCUUGCUAGAAUUGGAAUCCUGGGAAAGAAAAUAUGUAAAUGAAAGGGAAAACAAAAGGUAUUAUAUAUAACUCAUUGAUCAUUUAAUUUCCACUAUUACAUGUAGAAAAAUACAUGCGGAA